AUGCCUAGUGAACUUUUAACGCAAGAUGAAGCUGUUUCAGCAUUGUUGAAGUAUUUGGCGGCUUUAGAGGACGAUGAAAUUGACGGACCUUCUGGACCUAUUAACCGAUAUUUGAUCAAGGUCGAUAGGCAAUUGAGAGAAAUUUACCUUCCUAAGCCUAUCGUACUCUCCGAAACAGAGUUCUUAGAGGUAAUUCUUGCGGCGACAGGCCAUCAUCUAGCUUCGUCGAUAAGGUAUAUUGAUGGGGCCUUCAGUAUCUCUUAUAAGAUUACAGUUCGAGAGUGCUCAGAUUCAUACGUGGUUCAAUUACGCCAUCACGGCUCUGUAGAGUCUAUGGACUUAUUUAUGACUUUAGUCUCAAAAACGGUUGAUUCUCGUGUCUUGCCUAUACCUCCGACUUAUCCAAUACCAGGGGAAAGAAAACGACAAAAAGCUACGGGAAUGGGUAAGCAGAUAACUCGGUUUAUACCUGGUGUUAUGGCAUCAUCAGUUUAUCCUCAAUUAUCACAUGAGGAAAGACUUAUCUUUCAAAUUCAACUCCCAGAGACCCAUCUUAUCGGCGAGCUUAUUGCUGAGCCUGCAACAACGGACGAUCGAGUUAUUCUCAAGAUUAAACCCGAUCGAUAUCACGGUCUCGGCGGUCCAUUCCAUUCCGUACGCGACUACCUUCGGGCUUAUAUUCGGUCUUGUCUUCUCGCCCUUGAAAAGCAGCAAGGCAUUGAGGCAUACAAAGAGCGGUUUUUAAAACGCAUCAAAACUUUCGUCGACAAUCAUAUGCACAUUCCCGCUAUUGUCGAGGAUAUUCCUAUUGUUACUAUGCAUGCGGACAUGGGUCUUCAUAAUAUCAUCGUAUCCAGCCAGAACUAUACUGAGAUACAAGGAGUAAUUGAUUGGGAAUUCUUGUCUAGUGCACCAUAUGCCUCGCUCUAUCGGAUCAUUGAGACGCUUUUUCGUAAGCGUGCGCUUAAUGGGUUUGGCCUUGAGUACGAUCGUGCACAUGAACUUCGUGAAGCUUUUUGGGGCGCUAUUCCGGACUGGGGACAAUGGAAUCGGAGUGAAGCAACACAGGUAUUCUUAGAAUGGUUCAAAUUCGGUCUUUUUAUGAAACCGGAAUGGAUGCCAAAGAAUUUGUCUGAAAACGAGAAGCAACAGUUUUGGGGGGAAAAUAUUCGCUAG